CACACACACACACACACACCUGCGUCAUUUCCUACACACACACAGGGUCUGAGAGCAUCAGCUCUCCCUGCCAGUUGCGCGCAGAGAGGGCUCCGUGGAAACCCGACAGACUCUGGAGUUUGUUCUGUGGACAGAAUAAACACAGAGGAGGCCAUGUGUUAUUAUAAUGCACCAUUUUAUGAUUUACAGUAAGUAACAGAGCGUUCCAGGGAUCUUAAUGUCAGUUAUUACACCGGACAAUAUUCGAAUCGCUCGUCCCGGUGGAGGCAGCGGACGGUACAGCUUUUGUUGUCGCGUGGAACAAAAGCAGCAGGAAUCUGAGAACAUUUAUUCUUUGUUCAGUGCAAGAAGAAUGCUAGCACCGACUAAGAGAAUGGUUUCGGGUUCACACAGCUUGUGUGGGACACAUCAGCAGCGUUACGCGCGUAGAUCACCGGUCACCUGUUGAAGUUGCCCCAUGCGCGGUGAGCCGUUUUGCUUUCAAACGAGAGAGUCAACCUCAACAGUGCUUUAACAAAUGCCCGAUUCGUCCUCCGCUCUGUAUGAUGCACUGGUUCCCCGUUAUGUUGUAGGAUGAGCGCUGAUCUGGAGCGCGUUUCGCUCAACACAUCGGUGAACUCGGCCGGCUCGGGCGGCCGUGCGCUCUCUGCGAACGUCCGGCGGCUCCACAACGCUCUCAACCUGCUGCUCAGCGACCUGGAGAGAGAGCAGUUCAUCCACUGUCUCAAUGUGUACCACGCCAAGCGCAACGUCUUCGACCUGGUCCAAACUCUCAAAGUGAUUCUCAACACGCCCGGCAAACGACAGCUGCUGCCCAUGCUGCGCCUGGUCAUCCCGAGGUCCGACCAGUUGCUGUUCGACCAAUACACGUCCGAGGGGCUCUACCUGAAGACAGACCUGCUCCCCAGCAACGGCAGCGCGGAGGGCUUCGGAGACGAGGGCGACUCAACUCUGCAGAAAUAUGUCAGCUCCAUCCAUGAGCAGCCUCUCAGCUCGGGCUGUCCGGACGGUUUCAUCGCCGCCGCGGAGCUGUCCGCGCCCAUGGCCCCGCCGUUCUUUGAGGGUGCUUUUGGAGAAGUGCGCCAAGUUACGCUGACGCGCUCCAGGAGCCACGAGGGGUUAGGAUUCAGCAUCCGCGGGGGGUCGGAGCACGGCGUGGGGAUCUACGUGUCCCUAGUGGAGCCGGACUCGUCGGCCGAGAGGGAAGGACUGAGGGUCGGGGACCAGAUAGUGGCCGUGAACGAGAUGAUGUUUGACAAUGUCACUCACAUAGAGGCAGUGAAGGUGCUGAAGGGAUGCAAGAAGCUGGCCCUGUCAGUGUGUUCUAUGGGUCGGAUCCCUGGAGGCUACAUCACCAACCACGUGUACAGCUGGGUGGACCCUCAGGGCCGGAGUGUCUCCCCACCACCUGACAGCCACGAAGCCAACCAGAGGCAAGGGCACAGCUUGGACGAGAGGACGGUAAACCUGAAUAUGGAUGAUGGACGCUCUCUGGGCCUAAUGAUCAGGGGUGGUGCUGAGUAUGGAUUAGGUAUUUACAUCACUGGAGUGGACCCCGGAUCUGCUGCAGAUGCUGGUGCACUGAAGGUGGGUGACCAGAUCUUGGAAGUGAACGGUCAGAGUUUUGUCACCAUCUCCCAUGAUGAGGCUGUUCACAUCCUCAAAACAGGACGCCACCUGCUGAUGAAGGUGAGGGAUGUGGGCCGUCUGCCUCAUGCUCGAACAGUGGUGGACGAGACCAAAUGGAUCUGCAGUCAGGCCAUAGCUGAGACCAAUGCUACAACUAACCCAAGUUCUGUCACUAACCCCAAUGUCAAUGCCGGCAUCCACGCUAGUGUCAGUGCCAGUAACUGCAGUUCAAGACCAUCCUCAGCCAGAGCUACACCUGUAUUAGGAAAGCCGGCAGCAUAUAGAGGUGUGGGCCCGCCAGGUGCGCAGGUGUCUCUGGAGCAGCAGGCCUACAUGCUGUUGACAGAGCCAGAGAGGCAGACCAUGGCCUACUACCUGCAGGAGUACCAGGAGGGACACAUAGGAGUGGAGCCGCUGGCCAUGGCUCUGUUUGAGCUCUUCAACACACAUGCAAAGUUGUCCAUGUUGUCUGAGGUGAGGAGUCUGGUAGCUCCCCAGGAUCUUGAGUUGUACGACAGACUGGUGUUGCACCGUGAGAGGGAGGCCCACCAAGCCUGGCAUGGAGGCCUGGGAGUGCUGCAUCCACAGGGCCACUGCAACCAUGCAACCCCUGUGAUCCAUGACACAGGACACACCGUCCCUGCUACGACCGAUGGCUCUGUUAGUGCUUGGACAGAAAAAUACCAGGAGGAGAACACUAAUGCCUUACAAAACAUUGCACUGGGUGAAAUGCAGGCUUCAGGUGAAUCUCCUCCACCCUUCAGGGCUGCUCAGAGCAGGCCGUCCAGGGAGAAAGAGCUCAACCGGAAGCCCUCAGCGCGGCUGGUGCAGCCUGGCUCCAGCCUGCUCUUCACUGGCCCCACCCGGCUUCUCCAGGACUGCCUCAACAAGUCACUCAAAUCCCUCCCCACCAUCCACCAGCCCUCACCAGCCUCAGCCCACCACACUUGCACUAGUGCCAGCCACCACACGUCCCUCAAUGCACUCCAUCACACCUGCCAGAGUUCCCUCCAGCUCUCUGACUCUGAACACCACAACCACCCCCAUUUUGCACAUCAUUUCCACCACCACGCUGCUCACCACAGCCGGCCCAGUUCAGGACACCACACCUGCCCAGGCUUCCUGCACCACCGGGACUCGUCCAGCUCGGCUAAGCCAGAAGCGUCUGUCAAGCUCUCUUCCCGAUCCAGCUCAUAUGAGAAGUCCUCCAUCUUGUCAAAGUCUGCGUCCUCCUCCAAAGCAGCAUCUCCAAUGGCAUCCCCUCAUCCAUCACCCCGUCCCUCACCAUGCCCCUCCCCCUGCCCCUCUCUCAUUACACCUGCUGCUCCACCUUGUAGUCCUGACCGGCCCUGCUCACCUGCUCUCGCCCAGAAAGUCAUCAUAACAGACAUGAACCGUCUGUCUGCAGACUCCAGACCACAGCAGAGAGGAGCCACCCUGUCCCAGCUGUCAGACAGUGGCCAGACUCUGAGUGAGGACAGUGGGGUGGAUAUAGCCGAGGCAGGAGGCCUAAGUAAGGACGGCAGCCCUCGACCUAGCAAGAACCAGCAGAGCCAUCUGGAACAGGCAGGGGCCCACGCACCUCCUCCAGGGGCUACCAGACAACAGACUGGCUCACCGGUCCCAGCGCCUACUGCGACCCUGGUACGAGUGGUGAAAAAUGCCAACACUCUUGGCAUCGCUAUAGAGGGGGGAGCCAACACAAGGCAACCUCUGCCACGCAUAGUCACCAUUCAGAAAGGAGGCUCAGCUCAUAACUGCGGCCAGCUGAAGGUGGGUCACAUCAUCCUGGAGGUCAACGGCAUUUCCCUAAGGGGUCGGGAGCACAAGGAUGCCGCCCGGAUCAUCGCUGAGGCCUUCAAGACCAAAGAAAAGGACCACAUUGACUUUCUGGUGGUUGAGCCAGGACUCUAGUACGAGGACUUGCACUUCAUGCAGCCUGUUUUAAGAAGACACUGUCAGACUGCUUUGAGGGAGCUGUGUGAACUUCACAUGACGUUGUCCUAUAAACCCUCAUUUUAAUUUCAGGGAAAGGGUUAGUGGAAAGAUGUGUCGGGUAUUUGUUGAUUGCACUCUACAGAGAUUUGCACAAUUCAAAUUUGUCAUAAAGGACAUUACAUUAAUAUUUGCCAUGAAAGUCACACUGGGUCAAAUGCUAUUUGCAUUUGUGUCAUUAGUUAAUUCUGUUUCAUUAGUUUUCAAACUCGGAAUGUUAUUGUAUGUUUCACCAGGAGGACAGUUAGUAUGGAUAGUGUGUUUGAUACACCAAAUAAUACUAAAAACAGUCAAUCACAUUACAGUCUAUACAGUCUUUUUGAAACACAACCAGACACAACAGAUGUUGGAAACAACAGUGGUCAUGGUUUUGAGCCCAGCCUGUGGCCCUUGCUCUUUCACCAUUUCCUGAACUGUCAAACUAAAGGCAAAACAAGCUCCCAAAAUAGUGUUCAAAACUGUGAACAUACCUAAUAUUGCAAGGCAUCUGGACUCCUGAGAUCACAAAAUCAUGUGAGAAUCCAUCUUGACAGGCUUCAAUCUAUGUGUUUGAUUGCUCUGGUAUCAGUAAGUUGGCCACAGUUUGCCUAAGGAAGUACUAGCAGCUACACUGUUCGAUUAAACAACAAUGGUGGCCAGGGUUGGCCUGAUUUAUUGAAAGAAGAGCAAAGAACGGCACUGAAGAGCAGGUAAGGUGCGCAGCAUAAGUUACCAUGGCGACACAGCCAGGUUAAAAGAGAGCCACCUUCUAGACAUCGAAAACUCUGGCUUUAGGCUCAAAGUACCACACUAACCCAUUAAUCUUGCUUCAUACUACAUCCCUCUGUUAACGUCAUGGGAAAAAAUCGAUUGAGGUGUAAAUAAAAAUAUGACUGUGAUUGUGGAAGUUGAACAGGUCUGAUUACCAGCUAAGCUAGAUGAAUGGCUAAUAAAAGCUCAGCCAGACUAAUAAACAACCCUACAAAAGUGUAGGUAUCUUUUGUCCAGUUACUAAAAGAAUGGGAUUUUAUAAUGUUAGCUUCCCUCCCUUUUUAUUGAGCUUUGGCAAAUACUUAUUAGACAAGAUAACUGGCUUUGGCUCUGCCCACUUGAGGUUUCAUUAAAACAGGAUUUUUUUUUCUGGCCCUUCUGUCUCUGAUACAUAGAAGUGAAAUUGUAACACUCAUUUUAACAAGCCUUCUUGCAAAUAUCGUUUGACUCAUGUUUGGCAUAAUUAAUGAAUUACCUUGAUAUAUAUUGUGAAUGAAAACUCACAAUUCUCAUAUGUCAGCCACCAGUAUAUCAUGGCAAAAUGAAUGGACUAAAAUUACAGUAGGCCCUAUUACUUUAAAGAAGAAUUUAUUAAGAGGAUCUACUGAAAGUACUGAAAGUACUACUGAUUUAUACAUUAGCAGCUCCUUCAAGUUGACCAAAAUGGUGCUUUUCUUUUUAGGUCAUAUUUAUGUUUAACCCAUCACCAUGUUAACUGUGUAACAUCUCUUGAAUAUUUAAGCAAGAUUGCCAUAUGUACUUCAAAAGCUAUAACACAAAGUAUAAUUGUUUGUAUAUAAUGUAGAUUGCUUAUAGUCCCUAUAUGAAAUGACUAUAUAACUUUUUAUAAUAUCAAGUAGUUUACGGUAGAAGAGCAUUUAAUAUUUUCCAAGACUCAUAUUUUACUCAUAUUUUAUUUUAUGCCUUGCCCCAAUAUCUCUAAGUGCAGGCUAUCCAAACACUUACACAGUGGAGAUCAAUGAAGCUUCUAUAUGAAUUAGCAUAUCCAUAUCCUGCAUUCUGUUGGAUGCUGAUGAGGACUGAGCCCCAGUCAUGAAUCAGUGAGCUGCUAAUGCACUGUAUAGGAAGCACUGUUUAGAUUGAAGUAAGCUCUUAUAAUUAAUAAGGUGCGUGUGCUGUGAGGAACAUAGCCAGAAAGACUCAUUCAGGUUUGUAAAGAAGACAGUAUGACCAAAUCAGAAAGCAAUACUAUUCACUGACUGUGGGAAGUGGCAAUUUGUCUUUGUUUAAAAAAACAAAAACAAAUACAGCUGCUAUGUGCCCAUCAUGUUGAUAAAAAUUACACUGACUUGCCAGUUUAUGACCUAGCUCAACCUAAUGCAGCCUAUAUAACAGCCCUGCAGUAAAUCCCAACUUAAUUUUUUUGUGUUCAUUUCCAAAGGUUGACCCCUGGCCAGAUUAAUCUAGCCAUUAAAAUAUAUCAGGGAGAGUAGCAGGGGCGAAUCUAGAGGGUGUCAAAUGCUAUCAAAUUUGAGACAUUCAUUUAAAUUAAGUUUAAAAAUAUUGUGUUAAAACAAAAAAUAAUCUAAUGAUCUGUUAUAGCCACAUUUUAGACUCAGUGGUGACUCAGUAAUGUGCCAAGUGAUGUAAUGUUUUUGACUUCAAAUAUCUUCAUUUGGGGGCUUUUCCAAGCAAAAAUUGAUUUAUGUGAUUGAUUAAAUCAGCACUUAUUUUUCUCACCCCUUACGCCACCCCAUGACUAUUUCUCUAGAUCCGCCCCUGGAGGGUAGACUUUAAGAUUAGACAUUCCUCUCUGUUUUAUCCAAUACAAUUCAACAGCAGCCCAAACUGCAGCCUCCAAAAUGAGCAUAAAAUCAACACCUCUCUGAAAUAGUUUGAACAAAAACAUUAGUAUGGAGCCAGGAUGGUGACUUUAAAAUUUGGCAUCCAAAAAAAAAUUGGCAUUGAAAAAACCAGUACUGAAAAAGGGAAACAUUGGCAUUGAAACAUUUGUAUUGAAAACUGUUGUAUUGGCAUUGAAACAAGUAUUGGCACUGAAAAAAGAAAGACGGGUUCCUGAAAAGAGACGUACUUCUUCAGUAUGCCAAUAUGCAAAUUAUAUGCAAACCACGCUCUACUUGCCCCUCCCCUGAGACCCCUGCUCUUAACCCCAAAACAGUGACAGAAAGUUGAAACUGAAAAUCAGUGACACUGAAAAAGACCUGUCGUAAAAAAAUCUGUCACUGAAAAAAAAGUGACAUGAAGAAAAAAAUCUGAAGAUUGUCAUUGAAAAUACAAAAAAAUCCCAAUAAAAUAAAAUAAGAUUUUAAGAUUUUAAUUAUUUUAAUUAGUUUCUUUUUUCAGUGCCAAUACUUGUUUCAAUGCCACUACAACUGUUUUCAAUACAGAUGUCUCAAUGCCAAUGUUUCCUUUUUCAGUACUGGUUUUGUUUUCAAUGCCAAUUUUUUUUUGGGAUGCCAAAUUUUAAAGUCACCGUCCUGGCUCCAUACAUUAGAACCUUCAUGAAGGUAGGAUUUAUUCAAGAGCUGUUGUAUCAUACUACAUUCAUUUUAAUAGUUUUAACCUAAUAUAUGUAUUUGUGUCUGAGGCUAUUCAGAGACUGUGCCUAGUUCACUAACACAGUACCAACUCUCUCCUUUCUAAAGUUAUGUACCAAUCUGUGUUCCUUACAUGGCAGUGUUGCUUUGUAGAUCUGCUUUAGAGCUGAAGCUGCACUAUUUGCACUCACCAUGAAUGCACAGACAAAAAAUCUUGAAAACUUUGGUAGAUGCAGUUGUAGAGCAAUGAUUCUCCAGACUGACAAUAUCAUACUGGAGCAGUUAUUGUGUUACAGAAUGUAUGUACUGUGUCUGCAGUAUUGCAGUGGUAUACAAUAGGAAAGGAUUACAGUUAAUGGGGCACUCCACAGAUCAGGGUUAUCUCAGCUUGGGCUUGGAGACUACACAUUUAUGACCACAAAAAAGAAAAAAUUAGAGCGGUGAAGUUUACCAGGCAGGGUAAACAACUACUUUUAAAGGGACAUUGUGUAGUGUUUUAAGUAUUUUAUUAGCUAAAAUCAAUAUCUUCAUUCAUAAAUGUGUCCUCAUUGGUGUAAAAUUACCUCUGCCAAUGAUCUGACUUAUCCUUGUAAGCGAAGAAUUUCUUCUCUGUAUAUACAUUGGACGGGCAAGUCCAUGGAGGCUUCCAUGUUGUUCCACCAUUUUGAAAAACUAUAAUUGCCGAGAGGGACAUAAAGCACUAGUCUACCUGUCUAGCUAAUCCACAACGCGUUUUCGUUCAGAGCCAGCGGCACGUGACUGAAACCAGCUAUAACGGAGAAGGAGAUCAGUGAGAGGCUAUUGUCACUGCCCCGGCACAUUUGAAAGUCUGCACUGCACUUUAGUUCAUAAUGGAGGAUCAUACUUAUGCCGAGCCACAGGAGAAGGAAUCCUCGUCGCCAAAAAAGCGAAAAGGGAAUUAAAAAGGCAACGUGACCGGCAAAUUAAAGAAACGGGGGUAAACAUCGGGGUAGCUUUUCCCAGGUGGAAAGAGCUAAUGAAGGAGAAAGACUUGCAAAGAGACGCUGAAGUUGCCUGCUUUCUCCUCGACAGGUAGGCUUCUUGGUACAUAACGGCUACCGUAGUUGCAAUACGCAUUUGAAAAUGCGAGGCACUAGAGAGCACUAUUCGUUUGAAUGCAAAAUAGUUUCACCGCUAGAUGGGAGAAAUUCCUACACAAUGUCCCUUUAACAAAAAGAUGCUAUCGGUGGGGAAAUGUAGGAUCUCGUGUUUUUAGAUCUUUAUCCAUACUAAAACUCAGAAUAUGUCUGACUCUGCUGCUGCAAUUUGAACAAUUGUUUUUUUAAAUCUGUCUCUUGUAUGUCACCAACCUUUUGACAAUGCAAUGCUAAAUCACUGGAGUGCCCCUUUAAAGGCAUUUAUAGACAAUAGACCCCUGUUUGAACAAAUGUCAAACCUAUUGUUUCUGCUCAUUAUGGUCUACAGCAGGAAAUAAUUUCAUAAUCAAUUUUCAACCUGGGCUGUAGACAGAUGAAUGCACUAUUAACCAGAAAGAAGCAUGUUGUUGCUUA